GGGUUUAUACACAUAAUUCGUAAGAUCCGGGUUUUGGACAGGAUGAACGCCAAUUUCCAAGAUGGCGGCGGAGGGAGGAGGGAAGGAGAUGAACGAAAUUAAAACUCAAUUCACCACUCGGGAAGGUGUCUAUAAACUCCUCACUCACUCCGAAUAUAGCCGCCCUAACAGGGUGCCUUUUAAUUCACAGGGCUCAAAUCCGGUGAAAGUCUCCUUCGUGAACGUGAACGACCAGUCGGGCAACGGCGACAGAAUCUGUUUCAAUGUGGGCCGGGAACUGUACUUUUAUAUCUACAAAGGCGUAAGAAAGGUAAACAGCACUCAACGAUGAUAAAGUUUGUAUUAUUAAGAAGUUCAUGUGCCUGUUCAAACGCAUAGCAAUGUGCUGUCCAGAUUGGUAGUUUCACUGACGUGCGCAGAUAGCUAGCCAGACCAGGCCACUUAGCUAUGGUGGCUAACUAGCUAGUUAGUAGCAUCGCCACAGUUUGUUUUGCCCGCACCUUGUGGAGAUGUGCUGGUAUGUGCAUGUCACCCACCUAGCUAGCCAACUAACCAGUUCGAAUCAAGUGAAGGGCAAUCUUAUAGUGGACUGUUUAUUACUCUUGUGGGAUAGCUAUGUGAAUAUGCACGCUUUAACCUUGGAGCGUGGGCAGUUCUGACAUGUUGAUUGACAUAUUCUGCAGUUGCAGAGUACGUUAAAUGCGACACGUUAAUAAUUUACAUAUUGUGUCUUUUGAGGUUAGCGUGAUAACUGACAACAGUGGUGUGUUUUUAGUGCACUUGUUUUAUUAACUCUGCACCGGUUCUUUGCAAUCAUAGAAUACUCAACUACUGUAUAGAAAACUAGUUAUGUGUCCGAUACUGGUCCUUCCAGGACCCAAAGCCAGCUUGGUACUGUUUAUUGCGAAAGGGUGUUUGGUUGGAAGUUAGCUGUGUUUCGGGAUGAUGAUGUCAUGCAAGUGGUCUGUCUGCGUCUGACAGUGGCAGGGAUGAUGUCACUGCAUCGAGCUGUUUAAGGCAUCUAGUGAUAAUGACGAUGAUAAUCAUAUGACCUAUUGUUUGUGUCCUCACAGUUCUAAACUUGCUCAAAACAUAAAACACGUGAAACUUAUAUCACAUUGUCAGACACCAGUAACUUAUAUUGUGUUGUGGCUGUUAGGGGCUUUCUAUUGUUAUGAUGAAGAAUAUGUUGGACUGCUUCCAGGAUUUGCUGUGUUGGCCAUUUUGGUUUUAACAUGGGGGACUUAUGGUACACAUCUAGGAUGGAGUAGAUCUGUGUGGGACAUUGUAAGAUAUUUUAACACUUGCAAGUUGUCACCUCAAUUUUUGCAAGUAUUUCUGACUAUGUAGGCUUGGGCGGUAUACCAUAUACGGGGGGAUUUGGAAAUAGCCAUGGCAUAGUUUUUCAAUACUGUUGAAACUAUGUCUUCAAAGUUUUAUAAUACAUUUGAAUAAUUGUAGCUACUUUUUAAGUAAAUAACUGCAGUCAACUUGUGCAAUAUGUUAAUUUCACCUGUCACAUAAUGUUUCAUCAUCAAGUUUACCGGUAGUCCCCAGUCACGUGGUGUUUGUUUACAAGCACACAACAACGAGGGACCAGAGCCUUCUGAGUCACUCACUGUUGUGCAGCACGCACCAGGUGAUAUAGUUACAGUAUGGAAUUCACAACUAAAUGUUUGCCAGCUAGAUAUCUUGUAACUGUUAAGUUAGCUGUCUAAAAUGUGCUAAAUGCUCUGCAGUUGUGCAUUUGGUCUGCUAAUUUAGUAGACAUCUAGCAAUGUGAUUAGUAGGCUUGGACGGUAUCCAGAUUGUUGUUCAUACUGACCUUGUGCCAUCCCGCGAUAUUCGGUAAUAUCAGCACAAGGGGCGCUAUUUUCAAACCCCACUGAGCCUCUGUAAUCCGAACGUUAGCAAUGCUAACACGUACAUGUAAAACCCCAUAGAGAAUGCUAACUAAAUGCUAACGAGCGCAUUGAAAACAUUUUAUACAGUCUCUGACCUAAAGUAUUUGCAGGACAGACAUCCUAGCUCAUAAAGAUAUACAUGCAACUCAAAUGCUACUCAGUUUGUUGCACGCACAAAACAAAUAUUACACAGGAAGGCUCUUGAUCCAGGAGGGGAUUCUCUGCUGUUACCAAGAGAAGGUUGAUUUUGGAAGAAGCUAGGCGUAUGUGGUAUGUACCUUUAUACUGGGGUAUUUGGCAAUAGCCACGGGACUGGACUGUGUAGUCCUUCCUGUAAUCAGUGAAGAAGACCAGAGGGGUAUUCUACAAAGCAGGAUCAAUAAUAUAAUAUAUAAUAUGCCAUUUAGCAGACGCUUUUAUCCAAAGCGACUUAAAGUAAUGUGUACAUACAUUUUUACGUAUGGGUGGUCCCGGGGAUCGAACCCACUACCCUGGCCUUACAAGCGCCAUGCUCUACCAAUUGAGCUACAGAGUUAGUCCUUCCUGUAAUCAGUGAAGAAGACCAGAGGGGUAUUCUACAAAGCAGGAUCAAUGAGUUAGCCAGCUAACUUGCCUAACUAUUAUGAUAAAAAAAAAAAAAAAAAGAUACGCUGUAAAUGGGCAUGGUCUAAUUGUCUCAACAACCAACAUUUUAGCUUUCUUAAUGAACCAGAAAAUCAAUGGUAAUUUCUGGUUGUUUAAAGUUAGCUGGCUAACUCAUUAGUUCUGCUUUGUAGUAUACCCCUCAGGUAUAGGACAGAAGAGCUGCUGCCUGGCUAGAAAACCGAGCAAACAGCUGAGAUGUGAGCGAGCCCAGUGGGUCGGUUUUGUGAAUAGGCCUACAGUCCCUCGCUCAUUACCAAAGAGUUAGGACAUAGCCUAGUCUGUGUUGAAAUCUCCUAAUUAGUUUGAUGGUGGCAUUGGAUUAUAUUUUUGUCUGUGAGGACAUUUCUCAGUUGAUGACAAGGAGGCCGAAGGCUAAGCAUCCUCUAGCCUAAUUGGCAAAAUGGUUCUUUGUUGCCACUGACCCUGGUGUGCAGUCACUCACUCACUGUCAUCUCUCAUAUGCAGGAGCUCAUAGUUAGCAGGUCUGCUAGGGAGCAUAUCUGUGACCCCUGUUGUGGUCCUUGGUGUGUGAUUGAAUUUGUCAUGGUAUUAUUCAUCUGAUGAUGGUACACAGAUCAGCAAGGUAUGGAACUCAGAGACAUAGGCUAGGCUAUGUCAAUUACCUGUCUCUUAUGAGUUUCACAUGAGUAAAAGUUCAAGUCCCGUGGAUAGAAUAGGGCUAUAGCUAUUGGUUUGUCCAGGGCUUUGGGGCAGCAUGGAUUCUUGGCAUAUCAAAGUGUGUUAAAGAUCCUAAUUGCAUUAGUGCUGGCCCUGCUCUGAUAGAUCUGUCAACAGUCCUAUGACAUAGCCUUAUAAUCUCCGUCACUGCCUCCAAUGGUCCUCUACUCAGUUAGACCAGGGUUUCCCAAAUUCGGUCAUGGGGACCCUCUGGGUGCACGUUUAGGUUUUUGCCCUAAACAGCUGAUUCAAAUAACCUACACAUUAUCAAUCACCUGUGUAGUGCUAGGGCAAAAACUAAAAUGUGUAUCCAGGGGGGGCCCCAGGAUCUAGUUUGGGAAACCCUGAGUUAGACCAGUAGAGUCACAGACUGGAUCCUACAGUAUCAACCCUUGGGCAAGGAGGUUUCCUGGAUUUCCUAAGAAACACUUCAAGUCUGGACCCCAGUUAUAAAACUAGGGCCAGGAGGUUUUCCUGGUCAGUUCACGCUGACAGGAAAAACGAUUGUCCCUCAUCAUCAUCAAUAUAGGGGCUCAAAUCCAUCUGCAGCGUCCAACUGUACGUACCAGCUGUCCACAAACCCAGUGCUCUUAGAUGUUUUACACCCAAGAAUUUGACAACAGCUUUUCAAUUACGACAUAAAUUACCCCUCUCACAGUGUUUAUACAGAAGCAUCUCUCUGGUUAGAAUGAAGUUGACUCCCUAUAGGCCUGUCUCUGCCCUAGACAACUAUUGGUAGACACUGGCACUGCAAGGUAACCUACAUUCCCCCACUGGAGUGGAUCUCUCUCUCUCUCUCGCUCUCUCUCUCUCGCCUGCCGUGGCUAAGGAUUGUCCGGGGCAACAGGACCAGCGUCUGGUGCCUCUGAGGUAGCCUAAUAAAGUUGUAUUUGCAGACGUGCGAUACCUCUAAUGCCCUUGACAUAAUUGUCCUUGGGCAAGUUUGACAGAAGGAUGCUACUUGCUAGGUCAUGAUUUAUAGGUCACCGGGAUGGUGUUUUUGGGGAAGAUUGUGUGAAGGAUGGUGGAAGUCCUUGGAGAGAAGGAAUGGGAGGUGGGUGUGAGGCUACUUGAGGUCCAAUGCUUUCAUGUCUCUAUUUCAGUUGGCUAAUAGGCCUAUACUGUUGCAAUACCAUUGUUUCUCAUUAGGUCAGUGCAUUAUCUGCAGGUGUUAUAGUGACAGGAGUGGCCUUGUAAAAUCACUGAGGUGUAUGUUGAACAAAGAUAAUUGCUAUGUGUGAGUCUGACUGUGUGUCUUGUGUUUCUCCACAAGGCUGCUGACCUGAGCAAGCCCAUAGACAAGCGGAUCUACAAAGGAACGCAGCCCACGUGUCAUGACUUCAACCCCCUCACGGCCACGGCAGAGAGUGUCUCCUUGCUGGUGGGCUUCUCGGCUGGCCAGGUACAGCUCAUCGACCCUAUCAAGAAGGAGACCAGCAAGCUCUUCAAUGAGGAGGUGGGUUCAGCAGAGUUCACUUUAGCCUCACUGGCUAAGAUGGGUGUCCUGUGGUUGAAUAUCAAUGUAUGUGGCUGACUCCUGGGAGGAAACUGUUUUCAAAUGCAAAAUGAGAAUAUUAAGGUUCCGUUCCCACAUCCACACAAUGUGUUGGGCAUCCAUUUAGGUGUUAUGGUAGUGUGGCUAUUGGAACGUAGCCGUAGUGUUAUUAGACAGGUUCAGGUAGCAUGUCCUCUGUUUAAAAUGUUUUCUUUUCAAUGCAUGUCUGACAACACUCAGGUCUACAUCUCUCCCUAACAAGCUUCUCUCUCCCUUUCUUACCCUCAGAGACUGAUAGACAAGUCUCGUGUGACGUGUGUGCGGUGGGUCCCUGGCUCAGAGAGCCUCUUCCUGGUGGCUCACUCCAGCGGCAGUCUCUACCUGUACAACGUGGAGCACACCUGUGGCACCACGCCACCCCACUACCAGCUCCUUAAACAGGGCGAUGGCUACGCUGUGCACACCUGCAAAAGCAAGUCUGCCCGCAACCCCCUACUGCGCUGGACGGUGGGUGAGGGGGCGCUCAACGAGUUUGCCUUCUCCCCCGACGGGAAGUUCCUGGCGUGUGCCAGUCAGGACGGCUUCCUGCGCGUGUUCAGCUUCGACGCGGCCGAGCUUCAUGGCACCAUGAAGAGCUACUUCGGUGGGCUGCUCUGUGUGUGCUGGAGUCCGGACGGACGCUACAUAGUGGCUGGGGGGGAGGACGACCUGGUGACAGUCUGGUCCUUCUCAGACUGCAGGGUGAUUGCCAGGGGCCACGGCCACAAGUCGUGGGUGAGCGUAGUGGCGUUCGACCACUGUACGACCAGCGUGGAGGACAGCGACCCUCCCGCCGAGUUCAGUGGGAGCGAUGAGGAGUUCCACGAGCAGAUCCAUUUUGCAGGGGGGCGGGACCGGGCCAACAGCUCCCAAUCACAUCUCUCCAAGAGGAACUCUACAGACGGCAGGCCGGUCAGCGUGACCUAUCGCUUUGGUUCGGUGGGCCAGGACACCCAGCUGUGUCUGUGGGACCUGACUGAGGACAUCUUGUUCCCCCACCUGCCCUUGUCACGCACCAGGACUCACACUAACGUCAUGAGUGCCACCAGCCCCCCAGCUACUGGGGCGACCUCUACUACUACUACUACUACUGCUGCUACUACUGCUACUACUGCUACUACUAACCCACCUGGCACCAAUGGCAACAACACCAUGAGCAGUAGUAGUGGUAACAGUGGCGCCCCCGCUAACUCACUCCCCGCCCCUCUGCCGCGCUCCAACAGCUUGCCGCACUCCUCCGGCCCUGCAGGUGGCAGCACCACGCCUAACAGCCACAUGAGCAGCAAAGGAAGCAGCAUCAUAGACAGCGCCUUCAUCGCCACGGGUGUCAGCAAGUUUGCCACACUGUCGCUGCAUGAAACACGCAAGGAGCGCCACGAGAAGGACCACAAACGCAACCACAGCAUGGGCCACAUCAGCAGCAAGAGUAGCGACAAGCUCAACCAGCUGAGCUCUGCGGCGCGGACAGCCAAGGCGGAUGCCGCUAAGACUCUGGGCACGCUGCUGUGCCCGCGCAUGGAGGAGGUUCCUCUGCUGGAGCCACUGGUGUGUAAGAAGAUCGCUCAUGAGAGACUCACUGUGUUAAUCUUCCUGGAGGACUGUCUGGUCACAGCCUGCCAGGAGGGCUUCAUUUGCACAUGGGCCAGACCUGGGAAAGUGGUGAGUCUAAACCCCUACCCCUUUCAACACUAUGCCAGGCCUGGGAAAGGGGUGAGUCUGUUACACAUCCAACCCCUAGACCCUACACCCUAA